CCACCGUCGGUCAAUGCACUGUCUAAUCCACAAGAUGACGCCGAUCGUAUACGGCUUAAACGACUAGCGAAGCUCCAAACCUCAGCAUCUCCCUCUGCCAGUCCAUCACCUUCCUUGACGCCACUUCCUGAAUCCUCCGCACCAAAGCCCAAGAAGACAGCCGAGCUGCCAAGGCAUACUCCAGAGAAGCAGAAACCACUCCCUAGACCUACACCAAAGCGUGUUCUCCAAGACACAGCCCCCGAUCCCAAGGUACGGCCCCCUCCAAAGAAGGUCGCCACUCCUGUCGCAUUCAACAUGUCCAAAUGGGAACCUGAAACUAUUUCGAGCGUGCUUAACGUUACGCUCGAUAGGGGAUAUGCCGAAUCCCGAAACUGGGAAGUGGUGUGGUUGAAAGAACUUAGUAUCGAAUUGACAUCCGAUGGGUCUACGCUUCCGUCGCCAUUGUCGGUUGAUAUCCUUGACCAGGUCAUGAUUGCACGCUUGGAGAUAGACCCAAGUUAUAUUUCAGAUGACCCUGAAAUCAUUACCGUCAUCUCAAGCCUGCCUUCGGAACAAACUAUAUUCGAGUACCUCGUUGGCUGCUGGAAGCGUAUCAAUGCAUCCCGAAGUGCUUUGAACAAAAAUGUGUUCGCUCCCGAAUCCCGACAGUCACUUUUACGGGCCAACACCAUUUUGGAUCAGCUCAGGGAUCGUGUGAUUUCGUAUGCCGGCCUUACUAUCCAAGAUCCGACUAUGUUCCCACAACCAUUGACGUCGAAGCCACUAGGUUAUCAUGAACUCCUCGCAUCACUACUAUCUAUUGGGGGGUCUGGGCCUCUAUUGAGUUCUAACGCAUCUGUCACCACUCUCGAGUCCUAUGAAGUUGAGCCCUUUAUCCAAGACCUGGCCCGGAGAUUUGAGGAAGAUCCAAGUGAUCUGGAGAGUACAUUCUGUGGCGUUGUGCAGAGUGGCAUCAUCCCUAUCAUCUUUAAAGAUGAAAAUGGGUUGGGCAGUACCGUGACUGGACCGACCAGCUGGCGAGCCGCUGUGACCGCGAUGGAAACUCUUGUCUCAGUAAAGAGCAUUGCAGCCAUGAUGACGAGGCUACCAAGUUGGUGCCCACCUUCGGCGAGCGCCCAUAUGAUAGAGAGAAUGUCGUUACUGGGGCCUAUUGCCCGGCUUGGCGUGUUUUCUAGGGAAUGGCCUGCGCUUACAGAAACUUCUUUCUCGAAACUUGAGAGCCGUCCCAGGGAGGAGGCCGAGGCAUCCAAAACAAACUUUCGCCAAACUCUACGACAUCUCCAAACCUCUCUCUUCAACAUUGAGAACUCCAUAGUGCGAGCAGGAACGGCGUCCCGUGAAAAUCUCCUUGAUUACUUGGCACAUGUCCUACAUAUAAACCUCAAGCGAGGCGGCACCCAUACUGAUAUGAAUACUGUUGCUUCUGAUGGCUUCAUGAUCAACCUCCAAGUCUCUCUGCUGAGAUUUGCGGAGCCCUUCCUCGAUGCGAAAUUCACAAAACUAGAUCGCGUUGACCCGCUGUAUUACGCCCAUUCCUCACGACUUGAUAUAAGCGAGGAGACUCGGCUACUCAUGGACGCAAGCCAGGCUAAAGCGUUUCGUGAGGCGCAUCAGUCAGACGGCGCUCCCGCCCCCAAUUUUAUCUCGGACGUAUUCUUCUUGCUCUCGGCAUACAAUCAUUAUGGACUUGUGCGAACGAUGACUUCGAAUGACGCAAUAUAUCGGAAUGCGGAUGACCUUCAACGAAGGUUGGAACAAUAUCAGAAUGACACUUCGUAUCUAGGCACGCCGUUGCAACGCCAAGUGGAGCAAUUGAUCGAGCGCAUGAAGGAACAAAAAGCAAAAAUGUCGUCGUACAUUUUUACGUAUCAACUCCAGCUUCUCGAUCCGGAGUUGAUUGAUAGGAUGAUUUCGUUCACAACAUUUUCCAUGGCUUGGAUCAUCCGUCUAGUUGAUCCGUUGAAAAAGUAUCCGAAUUCAUCUCUCGAACUUCCUUUACCACAAGAAGUUCCAGAGAUUUUUAGGCAUCUUCCAGAGUACUUUGUCGAAGAUGUGAUCGAGUUCUAUCUUUACGUGGUCAAGCACACACCAGAUAGCAUACGAGUGGUGGGCAAGGAAUUGAUAGACUUCAUCCUUGCCUUUCUGUCUUCUCCAUGGUAUAUCAAGAAUCCAUUCUUGAAAGCCAAAGUAAUUCAAAUACUAUUCUUCGGGACUCUGUCGUAUGCGCAGGAGACGUCAGGUGUUUUAGGGCCCUUGCUGAACACCUACCCUCUUGCUUUGAAACACCUGAUGCCAACGUUAAUGAACUUCUAUGUAGGCAAGUACAAUGUCGAGAACACUGGUGCUUCGAGCCAGUUCUAUGACAAAUUUGAGGCGCGCCGCAACAUUGCCUACAUUUUCAAAACAGUGUGGGACAAUCCCAACCACCGCGAGGCUCUCAGUAGGGAGGCAACCAAUAUUGACAGCUUCGUGAGGUUUGCGAACUUACUCAUGAACGACGUCACAUACCUUCUGGAUGAGUCAUUAUCAAAACUUGCCCAAAUACACACCAUCCAGCUCGAGAUGCGUGACCAGGAAUCAUGGGGAGCAAAGGAUCCGAACGAGCGAAGGGAGCGAGAGGAACAUCUUCAUUCCAUCGAGGGACAGGCCACCAGUUACACCACCUUAGGCAAAUCGACUAUCGGCCUCCUCAAGGAGUUUACUGCGGAAGCCAAGACACCCUGGAUGUCCCCUGAAAUUGUUGACCGUCUAGCCGCUAUGCUUGAUUAUAAUCUAGCCAAGCUAGCUGGACCUGAAUGUCAAAACCUCAAAGUCGAGAAUGUUGAAAAGUAUCGCUUUAACCCCAAACAGCUACUGAGCGAUAUUCUCUCUAUUUAUCUCAACCUCAGCGAUGAGCCAGAUUUCAUCCAAGCGGUUGCUGCUGAGGGUCGGAGUUAUAAGAAAGAGGUUUUUGAACGUGCAGCAGGGAUUGCUAGAAAACGGAUGAUCAAGACAGAGGACGAAAUUGAAAAACUGCGACUAUUCGUCGUCAAAGUCGAAGAGGCGAAGGCCAUGAUUGACAUUGAGGAGGAUUUAGGGGAGAUACCAGAAGAGUUCCUUGAUCCACUUCUCUUCACUGUCAUGCGAGACCCUGUCAUAUUGCCGAAAUCUAGAGUGAUUAUCGAUCGGUCGUCGAUCAAAGUGCAUUUGCUCUCCGAUCCCACCGAUCCUUUCAACCGCUCGCCCCUCAAACUUGAGGAUGUUAUUCCGAAUGCGGAAUUGAAAGCGAAGAUAAUUGCGUUCAUGAAGGAACGGAAAGCUUCUAAAUCAGCCUUGGACAUUCCUAGCGAAGAGCUAGUCAAGGUGGAUGACGUAAUGGACAUUUCAUGAAUGUGCAUGGACACACAUGCUCCUCUCCCUUCCAUGUAAUGGCACUUGUCAGUAAAUACAGUAGGUAGAGUGCUCGAUCGAUUUUAUGGAACCGAGGAUAGUUCUCGCCACCAGUUCCCCUAGAAAGCUUAUGAAGCCGUCGAUGUCUGGGCAUCCUCGUCAGGCCAUCCUUCCUUUAUUAAACCCCGCAAACAGAUGUACGUCCCUAAGAUAAUUUGUUCUUGAUUUCCGUGGACGUUUUUGGCCUUUGUGGCACCGCUAGAAUUAAGCCUGGUAAGCUAAGGAUUUAUCCUUGAGCAGUGGUUAUGAAGACAGCACUAUC